CACGCACCUGUCUGCAUGCUGGCGAAGCUCCCCCACGCUUUGAAUGCUAGGCUAUCAAUCACUCCGCUGGCGAACGAGCAAGCUAACAGAAGCAGGUCACUCCACGCGGGAUCGACCUCCUCCUUGAGGUGGUCAGAUAGCCUUCUAUGCCAAGGAAGGUUUGAAAUGAAGCUCUCAGGGUCAACGAUCGUGAAAGAGGAGUUGCGUGAGAGAUGGGGGAGGUCAUUUUCACUUUUCCUAGGCUUGGAAAAGUCACGAUCCUCCUGUGCUUUGGGGACGGCGAAGGAAAUCUGCACGCUCAGCUCUUUUGGGUUCAUGAUGUGUGAAAUUGGGGGGGACUGACGUGGUUACCGCAGUUGGGAUUCGUUCUGCAGCUGGGCAGUGACCGUUCUUAUGUUGAGAGGACAGCCCUCAACAAACACUUUGAAAUCUCCCCGUCUGAGGAAAUGAAGGGAGCUUUGUGUUCAGGGGGAUAAUCGGAGAAGAAAUGACAUAUCCACUCCCGUUGAACGAGAAGAAAAAAAAAAAAAAAAAAAAAAAAAAAAAAAAAAAAGUUCGUUUGCACAAAUCAGCUGCGAUUUCGCACAUGUUCAUGGUAAGGAGGUGAGAUUGGCCCGCAACAAAGUGAUUAGGCUACUCCGUAGUGUGUUUUGCAAUCUCUGAAACGACGAUCUACACCGGAGGGAUGAUGUGCCAAGUGCUAGGCGAUAAUAGGGCAAUGUCAUAUGGAACAAAAACUUGCCAUGGGGAAAGUCGUUGGAGACACAAAAAAAAUAAAAGAGAAAGAGAGAAUAGUUGUGGGCUCUUCAGAUUUGUCAGUGGCCCAGAAGACAAAGAGAAGAAGGUUAAUGAAGCGGUCAAUAAUAUAAUAUUAGCAGCCCGGCCACCAUGACCAUUGUUCAAAGAACUUCACGCAUUCUGUUGGAUCGGGCCGAGCUUGGCAGGACUUGGCUCCGCUGCCAAGAAACUCCACGGAGCUCAACAACCGAGUCCCGCAGCCGGAUGCUUAGUAGCCCGAAGGAGACAAGGCCUAGACUUUUCUCUCAAAAUAAAGCACCUUGUUUUUACUCCGUACACGAAAGACAAUGGGCAUUGGUUUUGCAGCUCUGUGGUUCAGCAACGCACGGACGUCGUUUUUCACCGCUGUGAUUCCCAGUUUUCACCAAAAAUCGACGCUGGGGAGGAGAAGUUCCGCAGCCAAACGGAGAAUUGAAGACGAGCCAUAUUUGGCGUACUCCUCGGUGGCCAAUAGGGCCAGCGAAAAUCGUACCGACUGUGAGCUGAGGUCAGCGACCACCUAGAAAAAAAGCACACAAAACCAACAACCGCAGCGCCUCAGCCAGUCGAGCUCCACAAUGGGCAAUCAAUCCUUUCUGUCUCAGUAGUUUAUUGGAUAAGCACUUUUCGCACAAACAUGGGCUUUAGGAAGUUUAGGUAGAAUAGUGGACAAAUGCCAACCCCGAGACGAGGCUGUGCUCGAUAACAGGGUCACAGCCCUGAGCGGCGGAUAACAAACAUGGAUGCGCAUGAACCGACAUUAUUUAUCAUCGGAGGGUGGGUGGGAAGGGGUGGAUGGGGCACCCGGUUCCUCCCGACAUUGCGACACGAUGCAUUCCAAAGCCUGGUUAGAUGUUCCGACACUGGAUGUUCUUGGAAACAACCCAGAACCUGUCAAAUCAACCCACAUGUUGGAUUGAAGCGGUUUGAUAGAUCAAACAUGCAGCCGCAGGUGAUUCAGAAAAACAGCAUCUCAGCAAGCGCAAAAAUUGCCCGCGCCCAGAAAUUUUCAUGGGUAUCAAGGGUUGACCAAGAGUAUCAGCCAAACUUUUUCAACGUAUGGCAUAAGCACAACAAAACGAAUACAAAAGUGGAUAUUGGAUAUCACAUAGCUAGCCCGUCGUUGGGGGGGGAAAUUUGGAUCAUAAACAUAUACAUCCAUACACUUGCAGCCCCCCUGGGCGCAUAUAUACAUGCCCCGCUCCUCGGGGUAGCAAAUGUAGGUAACAAAAAUCAAAGCCUCCGUAGUCCCAGACAGUCCCAGAGACAAAGUAAAAUCACAAAAAAACAGGGAAAGGAAGAAAAUUAAACCGAAAAUGACAAUGAUAUCGGACAGCCAAGGCCCGCCUAAUCACUAUCACUGCUGCUGCUACUCGAAGAGCUCGAGCUCCCGCCCUUCUUCUUCUUAUACUUCUUAUCCUUCUUAUCCUUCUUUUUCUUCCCAUGUUUAUCCUUCUUCUUAUGUCUAUACGAUUGUGAGAAAAAAAAUUAAAAUUAAAAUUAAAAUUAAAUUAAAUCAAACGCAUCGUAUUAAAAGUCCCACAGAUUGAAGACAACAAAAACAAGGGAAGGGACGAAAAGGGGGACACGAAUAAAAACUUACUUCUUAACCGCAUGCGACGCAGCAUUUGCGCCAACCGCACCCACAACAGCACCACCGAGCGUCCCCAACAUGCCGCCCUGCAUCUUAUGACCGACGAAUCCGCCAGCAGCACCACCUAAUAGGGUAGAGCCGAGUCCCUUCUCACCGUCCGCGGGUCCUCCAGGACCGCCGGGUCCGCUGUAUGCCGGUGGAGGUUGGUUUCCGUAGUAAGAAGUGCUCUCUCCGCCGGGUGGCUGAGGGGGGUAUGUGCCGUAGGCUUGGCCGCCGCGGGAAUCAUAGCCCUGCCCGGGCGGUGCGGGAGAUGGGGAACCAUAUUGGGGAGCCUAGAGAGAUUGGUUUACUGAUGUUAGAGACAUGUAGUUUUUGUCUGGGGUAUUUUUUUCCAUGUCUUUCUCUGUCUUCUAAGUGGUUUCAAGUGGUAGAUAUAUAAAAGUGAACAAAAUGAUACGCAGUUUCUUACUUGGUGCUGUUGCGGGGGUGGAUAGUAUCCUUGCUGCGGCGGGGGUUGCUGCCCAUACGGUGCCUGUGGGUACUGGUCUGCGGGAGGAUAGCCAGCGGGAGGAUAACCCUGAGGAGGAUAGUCUCCUUGUGCUUGUUGUGGUGGUGGUUGUCCAUAGUAUCCUGGCUGGCCGCCAUGGGGAGGGGCGUUGUACUGGUCCGGAGGGGGGCCUCCGCCUGGGUAAUAGUUCGACAUUGGGUGGGUGACAAGAACUUAGAAUCGCGGGGUAAAACAGGCGUCUACGAGUGAUUUUCAGCAGAGCAAAGUUGUCAAAGAUGCGUCUAGCAAGUGCAAAACGAAGGUUUUCCGGAAUGAUAUCGCGAUGGUCUGUGGUGUGGAGGACUGCGGCUCUGGAGCGCCAGGAGCCGAGUGGGGCGGGCGGGGGUCAGGGCUGAGACGGCGCUAGGCGGCGGCUGAAACGUCGCGUGCAGGGGGCUGCGACAGACAGAUGACCUGCGCCACAGCUUGGUCAUAAUGAUAUUUCUUUCUAUCAUUGUGGUGGGGGAGCUAAGGAUUUUGUAACAAAAAAGACACUGGCCUUGCGAAAGGCUGCUGUUGUUGCAUCCGGGUGGUUGGUUACCUGACUACCACAUAGAGCGAUAAGAUGUCAUCACCCCACGAAGAGAGUUCCCUAGAUUCGACAUAAAACAUCCAGCAAUCACAACUAUGCAGAAACCCUCCCCAUCAUGCGAGGGAUAUUUAAUUAAACAAGGAGUCCAGGAUUAAAGGACAGCCCUCCUGCGUGAUAUUCGUACAAUAGUCGCACAAAUCGAUGCCCCGAAUGUAAAAAAGGAGGAGGAACAAUAUACCCGUACAGAAUAUGCAAAAUUAAAACCAGCAGCAAAAUAAACUGGAAAGGAGAAAGAAAACACAGGAAAGAAGACUCCAAAACACAUGCCGGCUAAAUAAAAAAUUGUUUCCAGGUCGUAUAUGUCGUUACCAGUCCUGACCGCGAUCCUUCAUGAGAAUCUCGAUCGCAACGUCCUCCGGCAGAGGGUGCUCGUUUAGAUCCUUAAUGCACUCUGUCAGGCCGUCCGCCGCUUCGUCCACCUGUUCUUCAGUCCACCCCGUGCAAGCCAUGACCAUCCGCCGAUAAUUCUCGCCCAAGACUACAUUUUUCGAUUUCAGACUCUCCAGCUCUUUGCAUACUUCAUCGUUGUGAUCGCGGUAGCAUCCAAGCUGGGAUGUUAGGAUUUCAAUACCCGGCAAUGAUUCGAGGAACGUAACUUGCUGGUCUGAAAACCCACCGGCCGUUGAGAUGUCGAAGUCUUCCGGGAAAAGUGUGCUAAAUUGUGACAUGUCAACCCCAAGAGCGUCAUCGGCAUCGCCAAUAUUUAUAACUUCUGCCUUGAACUGGUCGCCCUGGAGUGACUUGAGGAGUGCAGCUAGUUCUUCUGAUGCGCGCUCGAGAUUCUUUAUCUGCCUAUCAAGUUCGAUGCGAUCUCUGGCUCUUCGCUUCAUGUCAUCUAAUUGCUUCUGUUCAAUCUGCCUAGCUUUGGCACUUUCACGAAUUUUUCUGUGCCAUUGUUCGAAUUCUUCUUGCUUCCUCCCUAAACCUGACGAAAGUUCGUUAUCAAUACUACCAAACGAUUGUUCAACGAGAGAUGUGACUUGAGAAAUAGUUACUGCUUCUCAGUUAGUAAAAUGAUACCAAAAGAGCAUUUACACAGGCAGGGGGUUAGUACGAACAGUCAAGUAACUCUCGCCGCGUCUUAGAAAGCCGAGUAGAAAACGACUCUGACUCUCCAUUCUGUAGCCCACCAUUGACCAUGUCGACCCCAACUCCAUAAUCUGCAGGACGGAGCCCUGUGUUGUUUGGUAUGUGGGGAUUUGCACCGACUUCCAGCAAUUGCGGAACAAGCACGGUCCGCGCACGACCAGCUAAAUUCAGCACCGUGUCACCCUGGUCAUCCUGGAUAUUUACCAUCUCAGACAUAAACUUGCCAAGUCCAAUUACCUCAACUUGAUGUUGGCCAUUAGAACCAUUGGCAGUUGUAUUAAGAGAAGCUUGCACGGAUCCUGCAGGUCCGCCGUAGCGCACAAUAAACUCGAGAAGUGAUUCUAGGUAAUGUUUUGCAGCAACAUGCCCUCCGCCGCCAGUCGCAGCCAUCAUGGCGAUAUGGUGAAGCACAGUCCGCCCAUGAUAGUCAACUAUCUCAAUGGUAGGAUAUAGUACGUGGAGUAGCUUGGAAAAACUGCGAUAAUCGAGAUUGUUCCUAGUUCCCACCGCUUUCUGCAGAGCCGUCUCCCCAGCACCAUUCAAACGAUAAAUGCUAACGCCUUUGGCUGUGAGGGCAUGCACCAAAGGCAUCCGAGCAAGCAUAGCCGCCCAGUGUAGGGCACUAUUGUAGUACUUGUCCAAGGGUAUCUCUAAAUCCUCGGCAGAUAGAUUAAGGAAAGCAGGGUGGUUAGAAAAAUCCUUGGCACGUUUAUCCAAGAAUAAGGUCAUGACAAGUUUCAUUUUCUGGUAUCUGUCUGGGGUCGUCGCAGCAGGAAGAUGGUGAAGGCCUCGCAUGGGCCCAUCUGGGCCGGCGUCCCCCGGAUGCAUUUGAUAGAACGAAUCGUUGGGUUCAGUUGGCGUCGGUUCAAUCAUCGAGGUAUGGGGAGGAAUGGCACUUGUCGACUGAAACGACUUUUCCUGAGCAGAUGACGAGCGCAUGCGUUUUCUGGGAGGUUCUACCGCUUCAUCUGUAUGUUCAAGAAGAGCUGUCUGCUGACUAUUUUGCAUGUUGCUACCAAAGCCGCUGUCAGAUGCAAUGCUAUGCAAGCUUUGCUGGCUUGCGGGCUGAAUUUGCGACUCCUGGCUGCCCAUCUGGGAAGGUACCUUCAUGCUUGAACGUCGGCCACCUGACCCUUUCCUCAUGGUCGAAUCGAAUCGAGCCUUGUUUAUCGCAUUCACAGCACUAACUGCUGUGCGCGAGAUGUUUUGGAAAUACGUGCCCUGCUGAGUUUGACUCAUCCCUUGCCCGUCCAUUGUCCGGUAGAGCCUCUUUCUUUGGGCCGCCAUGGCCUGCUCCUUGGUUGGAGUUUCUACAGCUCCACGACCCGCGGGACCGGUACCAUCCUGGCCCAUGUCAUACUCAAGAAGAGGGCGCAGGAGUUCGAAGACAUGAUAAUGGCGACACAGUUCAACACCUCUCUCGUAAUUAACCCAGGUUCCUUGGUAUUUCCCAUAGCCUCCCUGUACUUUCUCGUGUUCACCAGCGGCCACUUCUUUUUCAAGCGUCUUGGUUCUUCUUGCUUUCAUCACUCCCGCAACUUUUAGAAUUUGCGUCGCAUUCAGCCACGAGUCUGAACGACGUCGCAUAACCGCUACUCCAUUUACUUCCAUCUCGUACACUGAUACAUUGGAAUAAACAGCCUAGAAGCCACAUGAAUGAGCUGUGGUUUACAAUGCGCAUUGAAUGAGGAUACACCGUAUAGGAUACGGUUCACAUUCGAAGGUAGGGAAAGGAGAGAGAUUCCGUACUGUAUAUAUCUGCGGUUUGUAUUCUUCAUAGAGCAUCACCUGGCCAUACCCAUUGUUAUCAUCAUAUCCACCGAAGCUUGCUCUUUGCAGAGAGUUUCGCGAUACCGCAUUGCUAGGAAAGCUCAUCGACAUGUUCGACUGUUGUGAAUGUCUAGGCGGAGGCGUCGCAGCUGGGGUAGACGCCACGGAUUGGGAGGCGGCGUUGAUGGAGGGCAUUUGGUUUUGUGACGACGCGCCAUCAGAAGGGCCAAGGGUAUUCCGCGAGAACGACAUGAGGACGCUUUAUUUGGGGCACUUUUGGAAUAUAAAAUUGACAAAAUGAAUGGAUGAAUGAUGUAUAAUUUCGGUAAAUUGGUAUUGGUCCACACCAUCAAGGGGGUCAUGAGCCGGUGGCUGGUUCUAUUAUAUUCUUCCUUAAAACAAAGUGUCAAUAACCACAACCACAGUCAUUCUGAGAUACUCCAUAGAAUGAUGACGGUCUCGGGGUUGACCACUGACGUACUGACAGUGUGUAAUAAUCUCAUAAAUGGUGUGGCUGUAGUGGAGAAGCGCGAAAAAGCAAGAAGGUUGGGCCCGAAAGGCGCGUGGUCACGUUACACUCCGCAGAGGGAGGCAGAAAUUGAAGGAUAAUAACCCAAGACACCGACAGAGUGGAGAGGGUUGACAACACUCAAACGCAAAUUUUAAGAGUCACAGCGAUCACCACACCGCCAUCACCACAGCGAAAUAUGUAUCCAGUCAGUAUUCCACGCAGUCAGGAUUUGUUGAGACGCGGGGGCUCGGUUUGGAUGUUCGCGUUGAGCCGCGUCAGGUGACUCAGCAGCUGAUCUUAGUCAGCAGCCCAUUUGUCGAGGAGCAACCCCCUGCCUCAGUUUAUAUGUUCUUAUGUAGUUAGCACAUUAUCGUGAAGCAUGCGACUAUAGCUAUGUCCCUGUCGCCGCCUCAGACACCGCACUGGCGGCAUGUCUAUAGGGCACUCUUAAGAGAAUCUUCCUAUCUUCCUGACCCAAUUGCUCGUCAAUAUAUGUCCAGCCAUGUCCGGGAAAGUUAUCGAGGCUACCAGCCAAGAAUGAUACAAAACUCUUAUAGAGGCCCUAAUGGGCAGUUCUACCUAGAACGCCGGGCGAGAAAACUCUUGUCGAUUCUCUCCCGAGCAAAUGAUGGAUAUAUGAAACCCCUCGAACGCGUGCUCAUGUUGUCAUACGGCCGAAUCGGACGGCGAAGACAUGUACUAGCACGACCCUUCUUCGUCCCCAAUUCAUCUGCAGAUAAAAUCCCGUUUCGAUUCAUCCUACCCCCAACGUGUCCUCCUAGUUGGGAACCUAUUCCCUCCCUGGCUGCGUUACUGAAAUCGCAGAUGGAGAACCGCAAGCUGAGCUCCAUCGACGCAACACCGGCAAUCCGCGAGAUCCCACAGCCUAAAAAGAGUAUUUGGAAUGGACAUGUGUCCAAGAGGAAAGUGCAGAAAGCUACCGAGAAGUGGUAUGAUAUUGUUAUCAAAAGCUUUCUACCCCCGAUCCCCGAUCAGGAGUGGAACACUUUACAUGGUCUAGCAGUGGGAAAGGAACCGUGGUUCCUACCAAAGAGGCGGAAACGACUAGACACGAAUGAUACCAGGAGCGCGCUUGAUGCAGAAUUUUUGGUCUUCGGCCCACAGAAGGACCGCACCUUCGAGGCAUAUGCACGUGGAAGGCCACACAAAAUUACCCGGAAGCUCAUCACACCCAUCUGGGAACGAGUAUUGUUGGCAACUCCACGGAUGACGCAGGAUCCAGAAACGAAAAGUUGGAUAGUUCGCUGGGGAAUACCGGCUAGGAAACCUCCCAUGUUCCCAACAUUAGACCCUGAGUUGGCAAUCAACUCGCAGUUGUUUGCCGGUGUUGAUAGCACAACCGGAGCCUUGUUAACGCCAAAACGCACACGGAAACGGGAGACAACGGUCUCGGCAUCGUGAAAAAUUACCAAAGUUGUCAAUUUGUCACACGACAUAUACCCCAGUAGCAAGCUUGUAUUGGAAAAUUCGCGCCUUCCUUGGUUUGGUUGGGCCUGGAUUUCCCUAACUGUAUCGCACAAUGUAACGACAUCGUAGGGAUAUAAAUAUCACCGAUGUCCACACACAGCUGGUGAAUAUUAGCGUAUGCAAUGGUUCAUGUGAAGUUCCGGAUUACUUCUGGUGCCAAAAGGACUUUAAAAAAUCGAACCUCGCAAUGAAAAUGUUACAGCGAUGAAAUUGAAUGUACGAUUCUAUCAUCGUAGCUUAGGAGCAGUCAUUAUUUUCUUGUUUACAAGCAGGAACUUUCCUAUGACCUCCCGUGUUAUUUACAACGAGGUAUUUCUCGCUCCAGCACACCCUGACUACUCCCAGUUCGAUCUUAAUCCCGGCAAAUAUGAGAAGCCCAAGUGCGGAUGGUAUUUGGUUGAAAUAGUAUAACGACCGUGCUUGUCGACGCAUAGUAAAGUUGAACGAGAAAAAAAGAAAGAAACAUCCCCGCUAGUUUAUGCAGCCAUCUAAAACAUCUCAUAAUUCUGCUAUAAUAAUACAUGCGAUGUCUUGCACUCACUCGCCCUACACGGCAGAAACUACCCACUCCCAAAACCACUAUUCACGCACCUCUCUCAACCUUCCUCUUCAAAAACCCACAAAAGCUCUCAAAAAUCACGGGAUCAAACCCCUUCACCCACCGUACCGUCACAUCAACCUGCCCUUCCAUAUACCCCCUUACGGACACCUUAAACCCAAACUCAGCCCCCUUAUCCUGUUUUCCUGGGAUAAAAUCAGGCGACUUGGCACCACUAUCUUUACUGUCCUUCUCACCAUAUUCAGCAGGAGCAGUAGUACCGGCCAUCGUCGUCUGCGCCUUUUCGAUAGCUUGCUUCUUCAUCUGACGACGUGCAUGCCUUGACCAGGCGUUACCUCUAGCGAAACCGAGACCAGUAGAUGUGCCGCUGUUCCAGUGCCAGUAGACGUCCAGUGCCACGAUGCUAGAGUUGAUAGCGUCAAUGGUGGUGGAGAAGGGCGUGGAUGGCGGGCAGUGGAAUGUGAAUUCAGGUGGGAAGGGGAGGAGGUGUUUUGGGAUGCUUUGGCCCUGGGGUCUUGCGGCGUUCUGUGUUUUAUUUUAUGUCGGGAUUAGAAUAACGUGUGGAAGGAGGAAUUACCUUGGGGGUGAACAUAUAUAAAGAAAGAUAUUAGAAUGGGUCAGGGGAAAAAGCCUCACAGCUCCAGGCCGAUAAUCCAUCCACGACCAGCCAAUCGCCCAUCGUCUCGUCUUACUCCCCUGAACGAAUUCCGCCACGGCCCAAUUCUUAUUCCCCUCUUCAUGCAGAAUGUUAAGCAGCGUGGCGACGCUGCUGAAUUUCCCUACCAUGGACGUGUACCACUGCACACGCUCGCGCAGCUUGACGCUCUCCCUAAUCAUUCGAGUGACGAACGCGACUUCGCCACCGGCUGUGAUCAUUUCCACUUCUGCACCGGUGCAGGCCUGGGUAGUUUUUGUAAACGUUAGUGAAUGAAUGCAUUCGUGUUUGUAAAUAUAAUAUAAUAUUUUUGGUACCAGGUGCCCAAAUUCAAGCUGACAUGGUCGAAGCUACGAGGAUCCAUUGUAUGAGAUACAUUAACACAAAAGCAAAAGAUCUAUAUCCACCUACAGAGAAAGGAGGCCUCUGCUUCGCCUUGGCAGCUGAUAUCAAUUCAUCGCGGGAUUCGUAAAAUGGUGGAUUACACAUGGUGAAGUCCAGUCUAGCGUUCCUAAAACAAUACAUACAAUGAGCAUGAAAAUUUCUGUAGAUAAAACAAUGGCUAUAAGAAAAAUUUAUGGAAGGGAUACAAAAGGGCUCUUACGAUUCAGGAAGCCCGAUCUCCCCCAAAGGAAUCAGCGCAGUGGAGGGAGAGCUUUCGACGAUCUGGAUGCGAGAAUCCAAUUUGUUCCUCUGCACAUUGUCUCGCGCAUAUUUCAAGUUUUUCUCAUCGAUAUCUGUGAUUGUCGACAGGCCCCCGAUUAGUCGUGCGCUACCUCGAUAAUAGGCCCGGGCAGAAAGGGGCAGAAAAAAAAAAUCGUACCUGUCGCCGCGAAUUUCCAUUUCGGUCUCAGAACACAUCCAAGCUGAGGGUAUAUGCAACUAGCUCCGGUCCCGCUAUGCAUUCAUCCGAGUUUAAGUCCAUCAAGCGUCAGCAAGAACAAAGUUUAAAAAAAUAUAUAUAACUGACUUG